AUGGCUGACCAAGAGACUGUCCAGAAGAUCCUUGACGAUAUCCCUCUCCGCUACCGUGGACCAGGCGGUGCUAUAGCCGUGGUCAGGCAUGGGGAGCUUAUUGCACAGCGGGUCUGGGGAUAUGCCGAUGUUGACCAGCGUGUCCACCUUAGCCCUGAAACGCAGAUGCCCAUCUGCUCAAUCACAAAGCAGUUUGUCUGCGCCUUAUUGCUUGACCUGAAGCAUAACCCGACUCCCGAAAUGGCUGCCAAGGGAGACAUUGAGUCCCGAUUUGAUGAGAAGUUUCGCGAACUUCUUCGUCCCGAGUUAACCAACGGCACCGGGUUGACUAUUGAUCAUCUGUGCGAUAUGCAGUCUGGUCUUCGUGAUUACUGGGCCAUGACCGCGCUCUGGGGCACCAAGCCGGAGGAUGAGUUCCUGGUUGAACGAGACUGCCCGCCGAUGUUGGAACGCACCAAGUCGUUCCAUUUCAAGCCGGGGACCGAGUACUCUUACUGCAAUGUCAAUUUUCAUGCCCUUGCCCGGAUUAUUGAGCGUGUCACGGGGGAGUCUCUUGGAAAGCUGCUCGCCAAACGCAUCCUCAAGCCGGCAGGGAUGCAUACUGCAUUCCUCUGCCCGGACAACAGCAGACUCCCGCCACCAUGUCUCGGCUACGAGGGAACAGAAGAAACGGGAUUCAUUCCCGCUGUAAAUCGGAUGCAAUGGUCAGGCGAUGCUGGAUUGGCUGCAUCCCUCACCGACAUGAUUGCUUGGGAGAAGCAUCUGCACCACCUAUUCGCUGACCCACAAAGUUGGUACCACCAAGUUUCUCGGCCCAUAACUUAUGCCGAUGGCACGCAUGCCCCUUAUCACUAUGGUCUGAGCCAUGUUGAUUUCGAUGGUGUGGAUACCCUGGGCCAUUCCGGUGCGCUGCGUGGCUACCGGUCUCAUCGGCGCCAUGCUUUGCAAGAGGGUCUAUCCGUUGUGAUGUUGUUUAAUCAUGAAGGAGACGUCGUGUCUGCCGCUAAAGAUGUCAUGCGAGCCCUUCUGCAUAAGCCUAAGCUGGAAUAUGCCCCUGUGGAUCCAAGUCCCAUUUGGAUUGGCAGUUUCCUUGAUAAGGAAACACAGCUGUCCAUUACAGUCAGCAAAGGGCCUGCAACAGGAGAGCUUGUCAUUGCUUAUUCAGGCCAUCCUGAAAUCAUUAGGCUCACUGACCCCAGCCAUGGUGAAGCUCCGGGGAUGUCAGCAAGUGUUGACGGAGACGUACUGCGUAUACAUCGCACUAUGGACAAUAGAAAGCUUGAGGCUCGGCGUCUUGUUCCGCGCGAUUCCAGCUUCAGAGACAGCUCGCUUCAGGGCGACUACAAAUGCACCGAGAUCGAUUCAGCUUUUCACUGCUGGGGCGAUGCGGGGAUGUUGUAUGGAGAAUUUGAUGGAUACCUCGGUCAGGGAACCGCAACUAGCAUGAAAUACCUUGGUGAUGAUGUUUGGAUCUUGGCCUGCCCCCGAGGACUUGAUGCUCCGGCACCAGGAGACUGGACUGUUGUCUUCCACCGUGAUGAAAGCGGCUCUAUCACCGGGUUCACGAUCGGAUGCUGGCUAGCAAGAGGACUUGACUUUGUUAAAGUCUAA